AUGUCUUCCACAAACGUUCGGUGGCUUAUCGGAGAACACCCAGAAGCACUAAGCAAUGGUGUCUCGUUUGGAAUGCCAUGGGCGAGAGGUGCUCACAUGCCGGGUCAGAAAUUUGUCAUCGAAGCUGGGAACAACACAUAUCCGAUUGAUUCGCGUGAAAUUGCAUACUGGGAAGAUGGGUCUCUGAAAUGGACCGUUCAUUCGAUCAGUAGCCAUGUUACUUACCAAGAAGGAUACACAUUGAAAGCCUGCGAAUGGAAAAAAAAACUUUCGAGGGGGGUAUGGGUUGAGCAGAAAGGACUUGAGAUUUCUGUGAAAUCACGUUACGGGCUGCAGAUCUCGUUUCACAAGCCAGGGAGCUCUUCGGUUUCGAGCAAUAUCAUAUUGCGCGGGGUUACCAUUUGCUCAGGAGCAACGAUGAUCGCGUCAAUUAACCAUGUUCAAUACACAACACGUGUCACGAGCUUGGAAGUUGAAAAUCAGACCUUGAACAGGGUGGUCGUCAAGCUUUCGGGAGUAAUGGAGUGCGAUACCUCGGUCUCUGAUACCCACCUCCCUUUUGAUCUACGAUUCUACAUAUAUUCGGACUCACCCUCUGUCAAAAUAGUUCAUUCCUUUAUCCACGAUCUGAACGCAGAUGAACCGCUUACUUCUCUUGGCAUACGUUUUUCGAUCCCUCUGUCGCGGUCUGAGUUGUACAACCGUCAUGUCCGACUCGGAGGGGCCGGGGGUGGAAGUUUGAAAGAGGAGGUCCAGGGGCUUUCGGGUCUGCGGCAUGGCCCAACAACCCAAACACGACGAGACCAAGCCUGCGGCAAAUCAGUUGUGCUGUGUGAGAAGGAAUGGGAGGGCAGUGAUUUGAAGCGGGCUUUGUCCCAUAUUCCAGCCUGGACAGAAUAUUCUCUCGCUCAACUUUCCUCCGACGGUUUCACGAUAAGAAAAAGAACAAAACCAAAUUGCUCCUGGGUAAAGACUAUCGGUGGUGGUCGUGCAGAUGGAACAGGGUAUGUGGGAUCAGCUGAAUUCGGCGGUUUGGGAGUCGGGAUGUGUGACUUUUGGGAGCGAUACCCGACACAGAUAGAUCUGAGUCAGCUCGAUGAGCAAGAUGGUGUCAUAACCAUGUGGAUUUACUCCCCGUUGUCCGAGCCCUUGGACACAGCCCCAUACCACAACGGACUUGGCUUAGACUCCUACUCUGAUCAACUCGAAGCCUUGAAAGUGACAUAUGAAGACUAUGAGCCAGAAUUUGCCACAGCCAAUGGCAUAGGGCGAACCAAUGUCCUCUUUCUUAGAGGCUACGAAUCUACACCUUCUAAUACGAGUUUUGGUUUGUUUUCCUCCUUUGUCCGCAAUCCACCACGGCUAAUGCCAACAUCAAUGCACAUACACGAAAGUGGAGUCUUCAAUGGAUAUUGCACACCUGAAUAUCGUAUUCUGGGGGUUAGUGCAACGUCAAAAGAGAUUAAUAUUGAGCAACGCCUUGAUGAAUUGUUCAAUUACUAUCACAAACAAAUUGAGCAAAAUCGAUGGUAUGGCUUUUGGGACCAUGGUGACUUUCAGCAUACCUACGAUCCAUACCGCCAUGCAUGGAGAUACGACGUCGGCGGCUUUGCAUGGGAUAACUCGGAGCUGUCCACAGAUCUAUGGCUUUGGAUGUAUUUCCUUCAUACAGGAAGGGCUGAUGUGUUCAAAGUCGCGGAGGCCAUGACCAGACACACUGGUGAGGUUGAUGUAUACCAUUCCGGCAGAUUCAAAGGGUUUGGGACGAGACACGGCGUUCAACACUUCAGUGAUAGCUCAAAGCAGCUUCGAGUUUCCAACGUGCUCUAUCGUCGAUUUUACCUUUAUUUGACAGGAGAUGAGCGCACCAGCGACCUCAUUGAUGAACUUCGGGAUAUGCAAUACUGCCUUUUAUCCCUGGACUCACACCGUAAGGUUCAGGCGCAUGCUACAAUCCCGGAUGGAUUCGCUAUGACAAAUAUUGGGUUGGACUGUGGUGCCUUGGCUGGUGCCUGGCUCACAAACUGGGAAAGAAGAGUGCCAGGAUGGUUGCACUCCCAGCAACUUCUCGUGCGGUUGCUUCAGGGUAUCUCCAACCUCCAACAUGGAAUUGCUGCCAACGCAAUACUGUUAAAUCCCAGCUCUGGCGAGAUUCGUGCAUGCCCGCCACCAACCCCCGAAUAUGCCAUCUCUCAUUUGUCCAUGUUAUUCGGAUUUCCUGAAAUAUUUGCCGAGGUACUUGACUACAUGCGUGAUCAGCAUUCCGCCGAGGUGGAAAGUUUUAUGACUACUUGGACGCGAUACUGCCGGGCAUAUAACGGUAGUCAUGAUGUCCAAUUCAAAGAGUACGGGUUCAAGUUCCCUCUGCAAGCCACAUGGAAGCAAAGCCACUCCACACUAACAGCGUUUGCUGCAAAUUGGGCAAAGGACGGAGCUCUUGCGGAAGCAGCAUGGGACCAAUUUUUCAAUACAGAUGGUUAUGACGCCUCGCAUGACUGGAAAAUUACACAGAUCUCCCCGCCAGAUUAUUUCAGUGAUGGAGAGGAGGCAAAGUGGAUCACAACCAACGAAGCCGCCCGUUAUGGCAUUUCUGCUAUGUCAAACCUCGCAAACAUUCGGGUUCAUCUGAAAUGA